UGUCAAGUUUCCGAGUCUGCACCGCCCUUUCGCCACAUAUCUAUUUUGCCAUAAUUUCGGGUUUCAUCUGCUAUUUGUGUUCAAGUUAGACAUCGGACUCGCAGGGAUGUCUCGUGGGAGACGAGUGUCAUUGUCGCUGACGUGUCUGUUUUAAUCCAAAUCGGGAAAGCUCUUUGAUCUGGACACUUGAUUGCCUGUCCCAGGGGGCAUGGCAUUAACAUGAGUGUGGCGGCAAUUUUCUUUCUAGACUCAGAUAGGAUGCUUCGAAGAUAUUAAAGCUGCUUGUGAAGCGCGAAUAUUUAUCAUUACUCGAAAUGUUCCCCUCUCCCAUGAUCUUGUUUUCUGCCAUCAUAUGCCUCUUUCUAACCGUUCACCGAGUUCGACGAAAAAAUUCAUCCAAUCUCUCCUUGCCCCCUGGCCCCAAGGGCUUGCCGGUGCUAGGCAACCUGCUCGACCUCAACGGCAGUCAGCCAUGGGUUAGCUUCACUCAGUGGGCAUCGACAUACGGGAACGUCAUCUACUGUAAGCUGUUCGGACGGCAAAUCGUUGUUCUACAACAUCGUUCUAGUAUUUAUUCUGACAGGCCACCACUCUCUACUACAAAGGCAAUCGGAUCUGAGUUCAACAGUGCGCAGUUAAGGUAUUCGGAUGAAUGGAGAUUGCAUCGGCGAAUUUUCCAUCAAUCAUUCCGACCUGAGGCGGCAAAAGAUUACUUACCUAUCCAACUUCGCAAAGCUCGCCAGCUGUUGCAGGGCAUCAUAGAAGCCCCCGAGCGCUACCAGCGUCACAUCGAACUCUUCGCCUCUUCCGUCAUCAUGUCUGCUGUAUACGAUUACGAGGCCAAGCUGAAUAAUGACCCGCUUUUACUUACCGCUGAAAAGGCGAUCAAGGUCUUUUUAGAGAUGGCAAGCCCUCAGACUUCAGCCAUCCUGGAAACAUUUCCGUUUCUGCUGAAACUGCCAUCCUGGUUUCCCGGAGCGAGUCUUAAAAGACUCGCUAUCCAAUCACAAAUAAAUGCUACCGCCAUGGUCAACAUCCCGUUCAACUAUGCACGAGAACGCGUAAUGACCGCAACUUCGAAUCAGUGUAUGAUCUCGGAAUCUUUAAAGCGGUUAGACACAUCCGGUAAUGUGGACGAAUUUGAGCUUGCGCUGAAGUCGUCUUCUGCUACGGCAUUCAUUGCUGGAACUGCGUCGACGCUAACUGUCUUUGUCCUUGCAAUGAUGCUCUAUCCAGAUGUACAGAAACGUGCACAAGAGGAGAUUGAGGCAGUUAUAGGUACCGACCAACUUCCUACCUUUGAAGACCGACCUUCGUUGCCGUACGUGGAAGCCGUCUUGCGCGAGACGCUUAGAUGGCAUCCAGUGUUCCCUCUCGGUUUGCCGCAUUACACUGCGGAAAGUGACGUGUACAAUGAUCAUUACAUCCCCAAAGGCGCAAUUGUUAUGGCUAAUAUCUGGGCCAUGUCCAAAGACGAAGUAAAAUACCCGAAGCCUGAUGACUUCAAACCAGAGAGGUUUUUUAUGGCUAAUGGACAACUAAACGACGACACUGUCGAUUUUCCUUUCGGCUUCGGACGCCGAGUAUGUGUUGGAAAGUACUUCGCUGAUGCUUCCCUGUGGAUUUCUAUAGUGUCUCUAUUAGCAACUUUCCGCUUUAUGAGACCAUUGGACAACGAAGGCAAAGAAGUAGACCCUAUCUUCCAAUGGUCCACUGGACUAAUUUCACACCCCAAGUCUCUUCCUUGCCGUGUCGUUCCCCGACACCCGGAAAUGACUGCACGCAUGCUUGCAGAUGUAAUCGAACUCAGCGCAUGAAGCGAGCUCGGUCAGCUGUACAUCUGUAUCUAAACGGAGGAUAACACAAAUUUUGUAUAUGUUAUGCGUAAUAACC